AAAGUCCAGCUCCGUGCAGAAACAGUGGAGCUGGUGUGAAAGACAGUGGUGGCCACACAGGUGGAUUCAUGAUGAGUUGCUGCAACAUUCCAUACCAGCUUCCUUACCACGCCUCCAUCCCAGGUGGGCUGUUCCCAGCCAGGGUCAUCACUGUGUCCGGCAUCAUCCUACACAACGCUAAGAGCUUCCACAUCAACCUGUGCACUGGGAGUGACAUCGCCUUCCACCUGAACCCUCGUUUUGAUGAAAACGUUGUGGUCCGAAACACUCAGAUCCAGGGCCGCUGGGGGGAAGAGGAGCGAAGCCUGCCCUUCACUAUGCCCUUCAGACAGGGAUACAGCUUCACGGUGUGGAUCACAUGCGAAGCCCUCUGCUACAAGGUGGCCCUAGACGGCCAGCACCUGCUGGAAUACGCCCACCGCCUCAAGCACCUGCCAGACAUCGAUCAUCUGGAAGUGAAUGGUGACAUCGAGCUCACUAAAGUGACUGUCUAGGCUCCCUGACCUGGUGCACCACUGUCUGGAUCUCCUCCCACUCCUCUUCCGUGCCCUGCACCAGCUUCCUGAGCCCUGACAUUUGAGCAGAGGGUGCCUCUCAUUGUCACAGCUGCAGGUGAACCUCCAGCUCCACUCCUCUGGCAGUGAGGGGGUCCUGAGCCUGCUGAGACCCAGCAAAAACCCCGACUCCAUGGGGCUCUCAAUCGCCCUCCCUUCCUCUGUGCAGCCCCACCUGGGUCCCAAGCCACAGCUGUGCACUGAAGUAAAGAGGUGACCUGCGCGGCCCUCCCAUUCCUGUGACCCUGGCCUCUCUCCUUGGCUUUGCACCUGCUGAAAAGCCAGCCCCUUGGGGAAGGCUGCUCUGGUGACCUCCAACUGGAAUCCAUCAAACUGACUAGAACUUUCCCAGCAAAGGCUCUUCCCCUUCCUGCCUCCUUAGAAUAAAGAAAGCACUGUGCUGUUGGCA